AUGCUCGCGCACGCGCACGCGCUCGCCGCCGCGCUGCUCUGCGCCCUCGCCGGCCAGCUCGGCGCCGGCGCCAGCCUCCACUGUGCCAUGCGCCGCGAGAUCUCCCCCUGCACCUGCCGCCGCGAGGACACCGGCACCGGCGCCGUCCUCGUCGUCUGCCAGCGCAUCGCCAACUACAAGGAUAUCGCGCGCGCCCUCACCAACAAGUUCAGCCCCGAAACGAAAAUCGGGCUUGACAUCUCUUACUCGCAGCUACCCGACUUCGAGCACCACAGCUUCAGAGAACUCGGACUUUCUAUCACGAGGCUCAAGCUAAACUUCGACAACCUAAGUGAACUGAAGGAGAGCGUGUUCACGAAGCUGGACCUGGUCGAUUACUUCAGUCUUGCCGACAACUCGUUGACGGAGAUGCCUCGCCACGUGCUGCGCCAUCUUCCUCACGUGAAGACCCUCGACCUCUGCAGGAAUAAGAUCUCAAAGCUCACGGAAGAGGAUUUUAAAGAUAUACAAGAAGUGGAGCAUUUAGUUGUCGCCGACAAUCAGAUAUCUAAGAUAGAGAGGCAUGCGGUGCCUAAAGCUCUGAAGCAUGUUCAUCUGGGUAUCAAUAAACUAAGUACAUUGAAUGGUGCCUUGAGGGAUCUGGACGAUUUAGAGUGGAUCUUCAUUAAUGCUAAUAAUUUAAAGUCUAUAGAUAACGAACUGCCCGUGAAAGCGAAAAAAAUAGUACUGAUUCACGCCGCUCACAACGAACUGCAAAGUUUACCCAAAGACCUGAAACUGAUGCCGUCCUUGGAGUCCCUGUAUUUUUAUGAUAACAACAUCAAAUCACUUGAGGGUGCAUUGCAAAAAUCAAGGCGGCUGAUGAGGAUAGGACUGUCGUUCAACAAAAUUGAGUCUUUAGCUGAAGACGAAUUCGCGGAAGCAGAAAUUUUAGCCGAUUUAGAUUUAGCUUACAAUCAACUCAAAUCACUGAACGGGUCACUUAGAAAUUUAAGAGCAUUACGUUAUUUAAAUCUGACGCAUAAUUUUCUGACAGAAUUUUCUCUGCAAGAAAUCAAAGGCUUAAAGAGGUUAUCAGUGAUCGAUUUGUCGUAUAAUAAAAUUAGCCAAAUAACUGGAAAUAUGGAAAAUCUAGUGGAUGUUGAAACUAGGGUACUGGAGUUGAGGUUGGAUCACAAUCACAUUCUUAACCUGGGCGGAGCGCUCAUGGGUCUGCACGGUCUUUUGAGACUCAAUUUAAGUAAUAAUCAAAUUCAGCAGAUAUCUCCUGAUGAUCUCAUUGGCUUAGAAGAUUUAAAGCUUCUAGAUGUGUCACACAAUCAUAUCACAUCACUGGAAGAAACAUCAAAGACCUUUUUACCAUCUUUAGAGGAGCUGAUCGCCCAUCACAACAACAUUACAAUGCUGGAUAAGGAUUUCCAUGGUCUGCCGUCUCUUUGCAUAGCUGAUCUGUCAUAUAACAAAAUACGCUCCGUUAACUAUGAACUAGUGUCAAAGUCCCGAUGUACUAUAAACGGAGUGCCCAGUAUACUGAAGAUUUAUCUGCAAGAUAACCCUGUGUUAUGCGACGACCGACACUACGAACUGGUGACGGUGUUAGAGAGUCUGAACGCACGUGUCAGUGGCGUCUCUUCAUGCGUCACGCCACAGACCGCAGCUCCUGUUCUAAUGAGGGCACUAAACGACAUAGUGCCAGAUGCCCCAGUGAUCCUCGUUUCUCGAAUGGGCGCUGGCCUUAGAGUACUUCAAGAUAGCAGAGAGAACGCAGCGCCACAGCUGUCGUACCGACGUGUGGGAGCCCUCAUCGGGCACGUUCUACCAGAUCGAGAGGGCGGUCUUCCCGUGCUGGUAGAGCCGCCAGUAACACUGCCACCCGCCGCUACCGACAUGGUAGUCAAAUGGCCGGACCAAAACACAAGGACGGAGGAACGUCCACAUCCCCUAGCCGACCAUCUCCGCCUCCGCGACCUCAACGCUUCGCCGCAGUGA